GCUGGUUUACACCGAAGAUAGACACAAAAAGCUUGACUAACUCAGCGGGACAGGCAGCAUCUCUGGAGAGAAACAUAGAAACAUAGAAAUUAGGUGCAGGAGUAGGCCAUUCGGCCCUUCGAGCCUGCACCGCCAUUCAAUAUGAUCAUGGCUGAUCAUCCAACUCAGUAUCCCGUACCUGCCUUCUCUCCAUACCCUCUGAUCCCCUUGGCCACAAGGGCCACAUCUAACUCCCUCUUAAAUAUAGCCAAUGAACUGGCCUCAACUACCCUCUGUGGCAGAGAGUUCCAGAGAUUCACCACUCUCUGUGUGAAAAACGUUCUCCUCAUCUCGGUUUUAAAGGAUUUCCCCCUUAUCCUUAAGCUGUGACCCCUUGUCCUGGACUUCCCCAACAUCGGGAACAAUCUUCCUGCAUCUAGCCUGUCCAACCCGUUAAGAAUUUUAUAAGUUUCUAUAAGAUCCCCUCUCAAUCUCCUAAAUUCUAGAGAGUAUAAACCAAGUCUAUCCAGUCUUUCUUCAUAAGACAGUCCUGACAUCCCAGGAAUCAGUCUGGUGAACCUUCUCUGCACUCCCUCUAUGGCAAUAAUGUCCUUCCUCAGAUUUGGAGGCCAAAACUGCACGCAAUACUCCAGGUGUGGUCUCACCAAGACCCUGUACAACUGCAGUAGAACCUCCCUGCUCCUAUACUCAAAUCCUCUUGCUAUGAAAGCCAACAUACCAUUCGCUUUCUUUACUGCCUGCUGCACCUGCAUGCCUACCUUCAAUGACUGGUGUACCAUGACACCCAGGUCUCGCUGCAUCUCCCCCUUUCCCAAUCGGCCACCAUUUAGAUAAUAGUCUGCUUUCCCGUUUUUGCCACCAAAAUGGAUAACCUCACAUUUAUCCACAUGAAGAAAUGGGUGACGUUUCGGGUCGAGACCCUUCUUCAGGUUCUUUGCCUCCUUCCAUAUCUCUAGUCUCGCUCUCCACUGACUGUCCGAAGAAGGGUCUCGACCCGAAAUGUCAUCCAUUCCUUCUCUUCGGAGAUGCUGCCUGUCCCGCUGAGUUACUCCAGCAUUUUGUGUCUCACUCCAGGUGACCUGUCUUUUUUGUUGGCUCAGCUGCCGCCUGUGUUUACUGCCAAUCACGAGAGAAGUUUUGAACCCUCCCACUGGCCCGCCCCAACAUAAUAUGAUCUGAUUGUGAUCGGCAUACUAUAACCUUCGCCAGCUGUGUGUAGUAACAUCUCCACAGGGCAUCCGAGUGAGCUGCCUCCCACCCAGCGUCCCGACUGCCGCAGCCCACUGCUGCUAGUCCAUCCACAACAAAUUGCGCCAUCUAUGAUCUCUGGUGAAUUUGGAACUGGAGACCACUGCUGAAUUUUGUGGACUCCCUGAAAGUGGACUACAAUAUUGGUGCAGAGUGCAUGGGCGUUUGUUUGUAGAUUUCCCGGCUGGCUGCGAAUCCUUCUCCUUGUUUGGAUCCUAACCGGAGCUUCUGUCACGCCAGUCUCUCUCCCAGAACUUCAUUGAUUGCAAAACUGUGAUAUCGACCUGCUAGGCGGCAGCCACUGAAUUGCCAGCAUUGACUUCAUGCAUUAAUUUCUCGCCGAUACGGAGCUGGGGAGCGAUUUAAAAAAAGCUAGAGGGGAACAUCGGCCACAAAGACCGGGGAGGAUGAACUUGGGGUUGGGUGAAAGAUGGAGACUGAACUUCGGGGACUAUUACAACAAUGAGACUGUGAGCCUGCAUUAUAAUGCCACCGGGAAGCUGACCCCCGGCAGAUACAAGGCAGGUCUGAGGGUCCACGCGGUGAUAUUUUUGAUAGUCUCUGUGUUUACAAUCUUGGAGAACUUGCUGGUCUUCAUCGCCAUCCGGAAGAACAGCAAGUUCCACACGCCCAUGUUUUACUUGCUCGCCAACCUGACAAUGUCCGACCUGCUGGCGGGGGUGACCUACUUGGUCAACAUCCUGCUGUCCGGUGCCAACACGAUCAAGCUGACGCCGCUGUGGUGGUUCCUGAGGGAGGGCGGCGUUUUCAUCACCCUCACCGCCUCGGUCUUCAGCCUGCUGGCCAUCGCGGUGGAGAGGCAUGUCACGAUGGUGAGGAUGCAACUGCACAACACGGACAAGAAGUGGCGCACUCGACUCUUCGUGGGCGCCGACUGGAUAUUCUCGUUCUUCCUCGGGAGCCUCCCAAUCUUGGGUUGGAACUGCAUUGGGAACCUGCGUGUUUGCUCCACAAUGCUGCCGCUCUACUCUAAGAAAUACAUCCUGGUGUGCAUCCUGAUCUUUAUCUUUGUCCUAUGUGCCAUCGUGAUACUGUACGUCCGCAUCUACCUUAAGGUCAAGACUAACAGCCUCCCCAUAGGCACUUCCAGAACGACCAUGUCCAAGAAGUGCCAGAAAUCUCAGGCGUUGCUGAAGACUCUGACCAUCGUGGUCGGCACUUUUAUUGGCUGCUGGCUACCGCUCUUUAUCGUGCUGCUACUGGACGUCGCCUCAACUACGAGGAGCUCUUUGAUUAGUAACUUGGCCGAUUAUUGCCUAGGACUGGCCAUGUUAAACUCCGCCUUGAAUCCCGUCAUUUACACCCUGACCAACAGGGACAUGCGCCAGACCAUUGUGCGCCUGCUAUGCCUGACCAAAGUCGGGGAGCAGCCUCGCUGUUGCGGGGUGAUCAUCUCCGAGUUUAGCAGCACCCAGCAGGACAGGUCCUCCAUGCAUAGACACGAGCUGCUACACACCACCCUCAGCUCCGGUAACGGACCGCAGUCUCCCACCAGGAUCUCGCUGGUCUGACACCAUCACGCUCUAGUCUACAUUUUAGAUAGACACAAAAUGCUGGACUAACUCAGCGGGACAGGCAGCAUCUCUGGAGAGAAGGGAUGGGUGACGUUUCGGGUCGAGAUGGGGUUAGGAGGGAGAGAUAUAUCGGUCAGCCAUGAUUGAAUAGCGGAGUAGACUUGAUGGGCCGAAUGGCCCGAUUCUGCUCCCAUCACUUAUGACCUUAAGAUCCUUCUUCGGAAAACCAGCUUCUGCAGUUCCUUCCUACACGUUUAGUCUGCGCACGGUCUUCUCAAACGCCUAGGGCAGGAUUCGCGAAUGCAAAACUGCACUGAUUACAAUUAAGUGAAUGGACGGUGUUCCGCGCCUGGUGGAGGAACAUUUCUCGUGGAAUUUAUAUGGAAAGUGAUGAGAAAGUACUAAUCGCGCGCGUGUAUUUUUGUAAAAUCUCUUAAAAUCAAAACGGUUCGAAGAUGUCAUUAAUCGAAGUCGAGUACUGCAUGGACCGAUACUGGGUCUUAAUCUUUUCAAUCCAUGUACAUGACUUGUGAUUGCAGAUAGAAAAACGGUUGCUAAUUUUGCUGAUGCCACAAGGAUCGACAGGAAAGUAAUCUGUGAUGAGGGCAUGAGAAAACUCCCAAAGGAUAUGAAGGUUAAACAAGUGGGCAAAUAUUAGUUUAGUUUAUUAAUGUUGUCACGUGCACUGAGGUACAGUGAAAAGCUUUUUGUUGCGUGCUAACCAGUCAGCAGAAAGACAAUACAUGAUUACAAUCGAGCCAGUCACAGUGUAUAAAUACAUGUUUGGCAAAUGAGAUAUAAAGUGGGAAAUACGAAACUGUCCAUUUGGUUGGAAAAAAUGUUUACAAUCUGAAUGGCGUGAGUGCCUAAGAUACAGAAAGAUCGUGAUGUCCAUCAGGUGUGAUUUCCAAAAGGCUAGUGUACCUGAUAUCAUGCAAGUGAUUAGUAAAACGAACAAGAUUUAUGGUUUAUUGCAAUGGGGAUGUAUACAAAAGAACAUAAAGUAUUGGGGAGACAUCAACUGUAGAGUAUAGCUCUAUCUUUACAGAAGGAAGUUCAUUUAUUGGAAGCAAUUUGGAGAAAGUUUACUUGACUAAUAACCCAAAAUAGACAGUCCUUCCUAUGAGGGACAAUUAAAACUGGCUGAACUCAUAAUGUUUAAGAGUGAGAACGGACUCCAUUGAAACAUGAGAUCUUGAAGGGUAUGUAGGAUGUGGUGAGGAUGUUUGCUGCUGUUGGAGAAUUGGGUGUAACCAGUUAAAAAGAAAGGGUCACCCACUUAAGACACAAAUGUUAAUAUUGUCAUUUCUUCUCCUCAGAGUAUUUUGAAUCUUUGGAAUUGUUCCUCAGAGGUCACUAGAAGAAAAUGUUUGAAUAUUUAUAUUGAAAUAUAGACUGAAUUUAGUUUAUUGUCACGUGUACUGAGAUUCAGCGAAAAGCUUUUGUGCAUGCUAACCAGUUAGCUGAAAAACAAUACAUGAUUACAAUCAAGCUAUUUACAGUGUACAGAUACAUGAUAAAGGGAAUAACUUGAUAGUUUAUUGAUAAGGAGGGAGAUGAAAUAUUACCACGAGUAGAUAAGACUGCAUGCAGUUAAUGCCACAAUUUGGUGUUAAUAAAUGGUGGAACAAGCUGGCGGGCCAAAUGGCCUGUUCCUGCUCCUAAUUCAUAUUCCAAUUUUCAUCAACAUCAACACAAAGACUCUACCAACCCAAGCUGCAAAUUAGAUAAAAUAGCAACAUAACAUUCCAACUUAUGCCGUUUUACAUCACAGGAAGCUUUGCAAUUCUGUCCUGAUUUUGUAACAUGUAAAGUUGCUCAAUUAGGAUCAUAAAUGUUGAACACUUUUACUGCAAUAGCUCUUUGUUUUCCCGUGCUCCAACAUACCACGGUUUGGUUCAGUCUGGUUGGACUAUGGCAGCUUAUACUCUAUACUCCUAGUGCUUUGACACCCUAGAGGAUAAGUUUGUCCAGACAGCAUCAGCACAGCAUAUUUCGCUUGGGCAGCUUACAACCCAGUGGUAUCAAUAUUGCUUACUCUAACUUCAAGUAACCCUUGCAUCCCCACUCUCUCCGUCCCUCCCCUGGACAUUGUACUAAUUUAAUUGUCGUCCCGUUGAGUUUCAUUGUCUGUAUAACUUGUUAACAGCUAGCCCACAGCCAACCAUGGACCGUUUCCUUCAUCAUCAUUCCUUUUUUCAAUAUCUUUCAUUCAUGUGUUCUAUAUCUCUCUACAUCACUGGCUUUAUCUCUCGUUUCUCUUUUCCCUGACUCUCAACCUGAAGAAGGGUCUCGACCUGAAACGUCACCUAUUCCUUUCCCCCCCAGAGAUGCUGUCUGUCCCACUGCGUUACUCCCAGUUUUACUUGCACUGAUGAGUAAAUGAACCAAACCUUGGCUCACCCAUGAAAAUCCGAUCACAUAUUUUAAGCUCCGCUCUAUAGAGUAGACCAUAACUGUACAAAUUGUCUUCCAAAUAUAUUUCAGAUAUUAAAGCAUUGAAUUUAUAAAAGUACCAUUUUGUAUUUAAGGAAAAGAUGAUGCCCUUUGAAUUUUUUGCCAGGCUACUCUAACUAUUAGAGGUGGGAAAAUAAAACAAAAGCCCGAUAUUCAUUAUUAAAUUCUUUGAAAAAGACUUCCUACAUAAUAAUACUGAUUUUUUUUCCAUCGUGGCUCGUAAUUCCCUUUAUUCAAUCCAUUUACACCCUUGGAGUUCCAAUCUUUGCUAAUUUGGAUGAGACACCUUUUAGUAUUUCUACCAGAGUUCACUUUUCCAUAUGAGUUUGGGCAAUGACUGAGAAUGACUAGCUUUAACCAUGAUCCACAUUUGCAAUAGGUCUGCAUGCAGAGCAACCAAGCUGCUGCUUCCCUCUGGCAAAUGUUAGUCUUCAUCCUCCAUCCCCGCCACUGCUCCACCUCCCACUUCAUCUUAGCUCACUAGCAAUUGAGUUUCUCCUUUGAGAGGGAAGUACGUACAGUUAACCCUGACCGUGGUCUAGGACUGAACAAUUCAUUUUCCUGCACAAUAGAAAGACAAUAUUCUCAGUGAUACAAUGUUGUUCAGUCAAUGACCACAGCAAAUCUGUAAGUGAGAAUAUAGUAUUAUAUAACAUUGAGAAUUUAGGUUAUGUCGUACUGGCAGCACUUUAACUUCCAAAUCAUUCCUGGUGGCAAUGUAUGAGGUUAGAGAGGGAAGAGUGGGAUUGAUCCUACCUUUCACUGUUUAUAUGGAGAAGAUGCUGCCACUAUUGCACUGCAGUUUCUCAAUGUGGCAUGGAAUCGGUAGCAGCUUUGAUAUGCAAUGCUGUAAGUUCUGCUUCAGCUCGGGCUAUGACUCUGCCUAGGAAUGAAUCAAAUUUCAGAUUAUCCUAGACUAUGAAUGACCUAAAUAUGUUGAAGUAAAUGUAUAAUUCUAACCAUUAUUUCAACUGUGAUAAUUGUGGAUUUGAAGAACUUAAUUAUGUUCCAAUUUUUAAUAAAAUGUUAUCAAUCAGCAGUUGCAUGUUUAUC